CGUCGUUAGCUCUAGCUUGUCGGGAAAGGCGUCUUGUGCAGAUAGUCUGGUGGUCUUGGAAAGGAUAUACUGUAAUCUUGUAUCUGGUCGUUACUUUAUUUUACAAGUUUGGAUUUAGGGAGCGCAGAAUAGUGAAUGGAAUAUGGAGUGUGUACUGAUUCCAGGAGCUCUUGAUGAUUUGGAGAGUAAAAAAGAGACUGUCAUUGAUGACCCAGAGCGCAAUGUGUACACCCGCUUUAUGAAGUCUCAUCGGUGUUAUGACCUGGUGCCAACCAGCUCUAAAUUGGUGGUGUUUGAUACAUCACUUCAGGUUAAGAAGGCGUUCUUUGCGCUGGUGUCAAAUGGCGUGAGAGCAGCCCCCCUGUGGGACAGUAAGAAGCAGUGUUUUGUUGGUAUGCUGACCAUCACAGACUUCAUAAACAUCCUCCAUCGCUACUACAAGUCACCUUUGGUUCAAAUAUAUGAGCUGGAAGAGCACAAAAUAGAGACUUGGAGAGAAGUGUACCUUCAAGACUCUUUCAAGCCCCUUGUCAGCAUAUCCCCCAAUGCCAGUCUGUAUGAUGCUGUGUCAUCUCUACUGAAAAAUAAGAUCCACAGACUGCCUGUCAUCGACCCCUUAACAGGAAAUACCCUCUACAUUCUUACACAUAAGAGGAUCCUAAAGUUCCUUAAACUUUUUAUAUCGGAGAUGCCGAAACCAGCCUUUUUAGGAAAAACCCUAGAGGAGCUAGGUAUUGGGACAUUCCAAAAGAUUGCAAUGGUGCGCUCUGACACCCCCAUCUACACAGCACUGGGCAUCUUUGUGGAGCAGCGAGUGUCAGCUCUGCCUGUAGUGGAUGACAAUGGUCGAGUGGUGGACAUCUACUCCAAAUUUGAUGUAAUUAACCUGGCAGCAGAAAAGACGUAUAACAACCUGGAUGUGACCGUGACCAAAGCCUUGCAGCACCGCUCCCAAUACUUUGAGGGUGUGCUCACUUGUAACAGACGGGAUACGCUGGAGGCCAUCAUCAAUAGACUGGUGGAGGCAGAGGUGCAUAGGCUGGUGGUGGUGGAUGAGCAGGAAGUGGUGAUGGGCAUCGUGUCCCUCUCAGACAUCCUUCAAGCUCUAGUGCUCACCAACGGAGACGAGGGGGUGGAGUCUUGCUGCUCAUCUGGACAAUUCCAGGAUGACGUGUCAUAGAUUUGAUGUUGCAUUCCAGCUUUACUGAAAUUCUGUUUGCAGCAUCAUAUAUCAUAUCAUAAUGAUGCGAUCAUGGAUGUAUUAUCUUGACAUCUCCCCAGUUCUCAUGUGCUGUGCAGCCUAACUGCAAUGUAGCUUGUUUGGAAAGCAUCCUAAAGCUAUCUUAGCGGCAGUAAGAGGAUGUCAAUUGUAGCGUAAAUGUUUUUAACAACACACUUUAUUUUAAAUACACAACCACUAAAUAUCUGUGUUCUUAUCUUGAGUUAUCAUUUAUAUCUGGCAUUCUCAUAUUUUGUUUGUUUUAUUGUAUUUUAUUUCCUUGUGAUUUUUAUAUAUUUGAAGUUGAAGUAUUGUUUGAGUGUUGGAAACCACAUUGGGACAAAAUACAAAUGCAUAAAUAGGUCCUGAUUAUAAUAUUAAACACCUUAUUUAAUAAUGAAUGUUUUUAUGGCUUGUGCUUAACAAUCAUUAGCAUCACAAUCCCUCAGAAGUCAAUUGGGGUAUUUUGACCAAGGUAAUGCAAACUUUCAGUUUCAGAGUCCAGUGAAAAUGUGUGUUCCUCUGCUGUCAUGAGAUUCUUAUUCUAGAAACAUUCCCAGUUCCACUUAUGUUUGAAUAUGUUGAAUGCAUAUGAACUGGUUUGUCAUUUACAUUUUGUUAUGUAUUGAUGGACAAAAAGGGGGACCAUCUUGUUGCAGUGACUGUGCCCUCUUUCGGUCACAGCACGUAGGAAACACCACAACUUUAGCUUUCCAAUUACAACCAGCACUUUCCUCAUGCACAUGCUCCAAAGGCUCACCUUUCAUGCUUCAGCAUAUGAAAGAGAGCUCAUUGCACCAUUGAAUCAGUAUACUUUAAAAUGCAAAAAUUCUGUUUUUACUCUGGUUAUAACAUUGAUGAGAUGUAUUCAAUGAAAGUGCAGUUUUGUUUUCUACAAUUUCAUUUAAUGCAUGAGCAAUAAAUAUUUUCUGUUA